GCGCUUCGCAAAAAAAGUUCAAUUUCUCGAUCGCUAUUUCUUCGCCAUACACUCCGGUGAUCGUGAUGUUGUAAUGAAUACUCAACGUUUGCGCUAUAUAAACGACCAGAAGCGUCCGAUACAGUUUGAAAAUUAUAUUGGCUUCAACUCCCUAUGGACCACCAUUUCGACACAAAUGAUUCUCAUGUUCACCAUUAUAAUGGCACAAAUUCCCGGCUUACGCGGACUGCUAAUUAAGAAUCCGAAAUUCUUCACGCGUGGCCUAAUGUCGCACGAAGGACCAGUGGCGGCAAAUCGUAAAGCGCAGAAGCUUCAAAUGACCUUUCGAACAAAGGGCUGGGUCGUGGGACAGCCAUUGUCGGAGGAGCCCCAGCAAGAACUAAUGACGCGUAUAUCGGCCACCGAUCCAUUCUAUGGCAUGACCAGCGUAGCGAUCUUGGCGGCGGCAAAAAUUAUACUAAAGGAGAGCGAUAAAAUGCCAGACAAUGGUGGCGUCAUCUCGCCCGGUUAUGCAUUUGCUAACACUUCACUCAUCGAGGAGCUGAGCCAGCUGAAGGACGGCAUUAAGUUCGAGGUAUUAAAGCUGGAGGAACACUGAUUGAGUUGAUGCUAAAGAAAAAUCGUUUUUAUUUGAAAUGUUUUUAUGUUUAUUAAAUUUUAAAUUUUUGCAAUAAAAUACAUAUAAAAAUUA